AUGAAGAGGCUGCGUACAGCCUCUGGGGUGCAAAUCACAGCUCCAAAUGACCACUUACUAUACAGCAACCGGUCCCAGAUCAACUCUACUUUGAAAGCUUGUGAAGAUGCGUUGCAUGAUGCAGAAACAGCAUGCAGACUCCAGCCAUACUGGUUGAAAGGUCACCUAAGGAAAGGACAAGCAUUAGCUAAUCUGGGGAAAACAGAAGAAGCUUUAAGAGAGUUUCUAUUCUGCCUUGCUCUAGAUACUGGGAACAAGACGGCCAAGUCUGAGGCACAAAAGCUUCUACUUAGUUUGUUUUCACUCAUCCCGGGAAAUGCUCAGGAACACUUACCCGAAAUCCUGCAGCUGUUGUCACAUCACUCUAGAUUAAAGGGGAAUCUCCUAAAUUCAGUGGGAUCUGGAGGCACCAGCCAUAACCUACAAAGGUUGCUCAAGGUAAAUGUGGAACAGAAAAAGGGUUUUCCCAUUCAAGAGGAACCAAAUGUAACUACUUCUGGUAGUUUGAGGAAAUCUAUACAAAUUACAGAGAGCAAAAAGGACUGCUCAGAGGAGGAGAACAAACUCACCUCCAUGCCAGAGUCUGCCUUUCUCAUUUCUGAGAAGUGCAGCCUCCUGAAAAGGAAGUGCUGCUCAGAGGAGAUGCGAAGUGCUGAGGUACCCUGCAAACUGAUGAAGAAAGAUACAGUUGAUACUAAGGGAAAUAGUGCUGGACAACAUAUUCCAUUUGAAUUUGUGGAUCCAUCAGAUUUGGACUGCUCCCUGUGUAUGAGGCUCUUCUAUGAACCUGUCACUACACCUUGUGGACACACCUUCUGUCUCAAAUGUCUUGAGAGAUGCCUGGAUCACAACCCAAAAUGUCCCCUGUGUAAGGAAGGGCUCUCAGAGUGCUUGGCUAUGAGGAAAUACUGUAAAACAGUACUAAUGGAGGAGUUAAUAGCUAGGUAUCUUCCAGAGGAACUCACUGAAAGAAGAAAGAUUUAUGAAGAGGAAAUAGCAGAGCUUUCCAACCUAAAUAAGAAUGUUCCUAUAUUUGUCUGCACAAUGGCUUACCCUACCGUCCCAUGCCCUUUGCACAUCUUCGAGCCAUGUUAUCGCCUGAUGAUUCGAAGGUGCAUGGAGACUGGCACCAAACAAUUUGGGAUGUGCAUCAGUGACCCUGUAAAGGGGUUUGCAGAUUAUGGCUGCAUUCUGGAGAUAAGAAAUGUUGAAUUCUUUGCUGAUGGUCGCUCUGUUGUAGACAGCAUCGGCAAGAGGAGGUUUAAGGUGAUACGGCACAGCCAGCGUGAUGGCUAUAAUACAGCGGAUAUUGAGUACAUUGAGGAUCAAAAGGUGCAAGGACAAGAGUAUGCUGCAUUACUUGUUCUCCAUGAUUCUGUCUACGAUCAGGCAUAUAUGUGGUUUAACUCCCUCAAGCAAGCUCUCAAAAGUAGAAUUCUCAGUCACUUUGGUCCAAUGCCAGCUAAGGAUCCUGACCCACAGGCUAACCCUAAUGGGCCAGCCUGGUGCUGGUGGGUCCUAGCUGUCCUUCCACUUGAGAACAGAGCUCAGCUCCCUUUCCUUGCCAUGAAAUCCCUCAAAGACCGCUUGAAUGGCAUCAGACGUGUCCUUACAUUCAUGUCUCGUACAAGAUCACGGUGAUGGUGAGGAGGAGAGCUGUGAAGUCUCCCACAGUACUUGACUGUAGACUGUCUCUUGUAACUUCAUCUAACUGCAAUAAUGUCUUACAGAUUUGAGUGUCAGGAUGUUUCAAGCCUGAAUUUCAAAGAAAAUGAGUUAAAAAGAGCAAGGGAUGUUUAUGGAUACUUCAAUAGUUUCCAUUUGGAACUCUGAGAUGAUUAUUCAAUCACUGCACUGCUAAAUUAAUAACAAAUGUGAUAGAACAAAAAGUGAUCUUGUUUGCCAUAAACCUUUUAAAAAGCUUAAGAGGUUUUUUAAUUUAUUUUAUUUUUAUUUUUUUAGUGGAUAAAGGAUAAACUGUGCAGUUUAAUGUGAAGCAGAAAUAAUAACGUUAAUGCAUUAUUUCAGUGAACUGCAAAGUCUUUUAUUCCAAAUGGUUCAGGUUUUAUAUAACAUUGUGUAAAAUAAUGUUCACAACUUCCGUUUGAUAAUUUAUUUUUGCACUAUGAUUUUUUGUUUCAAAAUGUAUAUUAUUUAUGUGUUCAUUCUCUAAAGGAAAGUGAGCUGCUCUAUUUAUUUAUAGUGUUUUUACCCUGUAUUUAUGACUGGGGGCAAAAUGAUGAUUCUAGCAGUGCACAAGCAACUGCUUUGAUAAUUUUUCAGAUAUUUGUGUUCAAAUACUUUGAAUGUUUUUCUACUUAUCCCCAGUUCUACUGUAGCCUAAGAAGGAUUUUCUCCCCCUGAAACAGCCUGCUGUGAAAUCUUUGAAUACACAGAUUAUGUCUGAGAUAACUCAAGCACAGUUGUUGGAGCUUGAUCCUAUGCUUGCAACUAGGUUCCUGCUAUCACAAAACAGUCAAGCACGUGCUUAACCUUAAGCAUGAGUGUUUAAGUGCUUGGGUAAAUUCAAGUAUUGAUCAAUUGAUGUUGGUGGGAAUUGGCCAUAGUGGUGACAGAAGGAUCUAUCCCCUAAUUUUUCACAGAACAGAGAAUAACUUGGAGUUGAAUUUAUAUCUGAACUCUUUCUUGCAAGAAUGGAUAAUGGCUACAAUCAACUGCGAAGAAAGAGCCACAACAUAUGAAAAGUGGCUUCUCCUAAAGAAAACUGGAAGUACUGGUAUCAUUUCAUUGUAGGUUACUACAUAGACUUUUUUUUACAUCAACUCUUGUUGCUGUUAAGAUCAGUUUUAUUUCUUUUAAUUGUUUGGUGGGAUUUGGCUUUGGAGUGUGUGUAUGUGGGGGGGAGGGGGGAGUUAUUUUGAACUGUAGGACUCAGAGCAGUUUGUGUCACAUGAGAAGGAAUAUGUUGUAAUAAAUACUAUUUAUUUCACCCCAAUCUUCAGGUUUCUGCUAGCUUCAAAUCUCUACCCAGCCAUUGCAUUUCUCUUAAGAGAUUGGGUAGUGUUGCUAAUAAUAGUUAACUCCCAAGGAAAACAAGUGAAUUUUAGCAUGAUUACUUCUAGCUAUAAAGCAGGUAAAAAUAGGGCAGAAAUGGGAAUAGGAAGUAUCUUGGGUUUGAUUUUUUUUUUUUAAAUCAACAGUUCAUAUACUUGUUUUGCUGCUUUUAUUGCUUUCGGUGUACCACUUUCUGGUACUGAUCUUGCCUCUAUCUGACUUUGACUUUCACUGAUUUCAACGUGAGCAGUACUGGGCCUUUUAUUCUAAGCUGCUGUUUUUCUUUUCAGUGGCAAAAAAAUAGAUUGAACUGAGAAUGUUAUGGAAUGCUACAAAUUUCUUUGUUAUUUUUACCCAGGAUAGCACUCUUUGCCAUUCCAUGCCUUUAUGGAAAAAUUAAGUAGAAUUUAAUGUCAAUUUUCCGUGUGUUUCCAUCAUCAUCUCAUCAGAAAUAUUUAUUAGUUAAAAGUAAUUUCCGUACUGUUAAGUUUCCAUAAAACUACUUUUUUUUCCCCCUCUUGUUAAAUUCUAUAGAACUUUUCCACAAGGGUACCAAAGAAACAAAUGGAAGACAAACAUGUUUCAACCUUGUGAUGCAAAUGGAAUAUGUAUCCUGUAGUGUUUGAGAGUAGCUCAAUGCAAACACAAUUUAUUUCCAUACUGCUAGAUUGCUGCACUUCUUCCACAGGUGGUACUUUACAUGCUUCUCUGUAAACAAUGUAUAGAAAUACAUAUAUGUUCUGAACAAUAACAAGUGUAUGGUGGCUGACACCUGCUAUGCCAUUUGUCUUCAUAAGUCAACAACAAAGUGAUUUCUACUUGUUUGGAAGUGAAGCUGCAUUAAAUGCAAUUCUUCCUUAAACCAUUAUGUAUUAUUGCAUAAUAUAAGGGGCCCAUAUUGCUCCCAUGGAAAAAAGCUGUCACUUUGUUACUCUCAUCUGUGAGAGAAGGACCUUACAUACCUAUUUUAAACUGUUUUCUCACUGAUGUCAUUGUUCUCUUUUCCUGCAUGCUAUGUCUUCUACAUACUCAUAUUCUGCCUAUUUUGUUGAUUUAGAAAUUGGCAUGGAAGAAAUCCAUGAUUUUAAAAGUGAAUCUUGUCUCUUCUAUUAGCUUUGAGUAAAGCUGCCAGAAUUUCCUAAGCAGAAGCUAGUGUACAUGCCCUGUAUCAUGAACGCCCAGUGCAUUUGUUGCCACCUGGAAACACUGGACCUACUGCAUGCACUGCAUACAGUUGAUCUGCAUAUGCACAACAAAUCAAACACAUCAAGAAAGCUCAUCUGUACAUGUACAGUAGCAUUCUGUCUGGGACUGCUCUAUGGCCACAUCCUAGAUUAAUGGCUAAAGUCUGCAAAUUCCAUCAGAAGAAAAAAAAGAGAAACAGAUUUGCUAGAGAACACAAACCUGUCCAGGAAAAGCUGGACAAGGAGUAGCCUUAGCCUUCAGUGAGUUGAGAUGGUAAAGUUUCAGUGAUGAGGUUUAAAAUUCAAAAAAAUCUUCUAGUUAUGCCACAGUAUUGCUGAUUUUUUUUUUCAGUUGUAUUAAUCAGUACAAGGAUGUAAAUGCAACAUUUACUACAGGCAUGAAUAAACAGCUGAACAGACUUAAAAAUACCUUCACUUUAAUUACAGAAAUGGUAUUGAUCAGAUAAAAUACUAAUUGGAGGAGUAUUUUAUUUAAGCUUCUCACAUUUUUCUAGACACCAAACCCAGUCCCAUAACUGGUCUCGCUCAUCUGUUAAAAAAAAAAUCAUGGCUCAAACUUGCAUUUCCUGUGUGGCCAGAAGUAUUGAUUAAUCUUUGUUGUGAGGGCAGAAGUAAUGCGUAGGCUUCUUGCUAGUUCUUCAAAGAAGUCAAUUUCCAUUGACUCUAGAUCACUGAGUUAGGAUUACUAAAAUCAAUCGACUUUUUUUUUUAUUUCCAAGGAAAUGUGAUCAGUCCCCCUUUAAAAAAAUAAAGGGGCGGGGGGGGAAUACAAAAAGCAAGUCUUCUGUAAUGGAGGUGGAGAGGGAACCAAGAGUAGAUCGAACCGUAGCUGAGUAAGUGCCAGUCUCCUGGGCAAUAUCACCUAAACGUCUCCCAGAGACUUCUUGAAAGAUUUAGACUUGCAUUUGUAAGAGAUGGUUUUGUUAAUUUGAAAUCUCUUUACUUUUCUGUAAAUGAAGUAUUUAACAAAAUACAUUAAAAUAAAUAACGAAGACUGGCUGUAUCACCCUUCCAAAUCUCUGUACAUAUACAUUGUAUGGUUUGUAAUUAAAAACAGAAGUUUUCUGCAGGAAGUAAUACUAAUUUUUCAUUUCCAUAUAUAGACAGACUUAUGACACUCAAAACAACUUUGCUUUGUCUUACAUGCUCCUUUGUCUAGCAGUAACUUAAGGGGAUAUGUUUCCAUGAAAAUAGCUGUUAUCUUGGCUAGCAUGACUUGGUUGAAAGUAAACCUGAGACAGGACUGGAUUAAUCAGGAAAAAUCAUGAAACCUGACAGUGAACUCAGACACAGUUGUAGAAAAUAGUUUAGUAGUUUCAAUAAUGAAAUGAUAAAAUGGUGUGAUAGGCCAUUAUCAUGCUAAGUCUUAAGUGACAUUCUGGUGUUAGUUGUAGAAGUUCCUCUUAUGUUGUUUGUUUUAAUUUUAUUUUAAGUGCUGAUAUCUUCCAUUACCUUGUAGCAGUAAGAGAUAUCAGCUGUCAUACUGACUGGCUGACCUAUUGCUUGGCCUAUCCUUCUGUCCUGUGUGACUACUUACAGAACACCUGAACCAUGGAUUUCUUAAUCCAAAGAUUAUUUUAAUCUAAAAAAAAUCAUGUGGAUUUUGAUGUAGCAGGUCUGGCUUAAUCUGUGCUGUAGAAAAAGAGCUUUAUAAAAUUAAGUUUUGUUUUAGAUGGUCUUUUAAUGAUUUCUACUUGGUGCUGAAGUUUUACUGGUGUUUAAAUUCAUGACAGACAGGAGUCAUAUUUAAAUGCAGUGUUUAGGAAUGGAGAACAUGUUCACAAACUCUUAUUUUUAAAAAAGCGUAAAUUAACUACAGUGUUUUUGUGCAUAGAAACCCAAUGGAACUAUAUGCACUUAGGGUGGUGCUUCCCAUUUCCACCAAGUCCUGCAUCAGAUUAACUCAACCCCUGCUUAGCUCUCAUUUAAUGUCAGCUUCGCAACCUAACUUGUAACUGGUGCAGCACACAGUUUAGCAUCUGGGGUUUAUUCCAAAGCCUGGUAAAUCAGUGAAAGUCUUACAGCUACAGAAAAAUGGUAGUUUCAGCAAAGUCACUAUUUUGAAAUACUUUGCUAAAUAAAUAUUGUCUGGGUGCAAGAAACUAAUCUGCUUAGACGGGAUUAAAAUGGUGGAUAAUAAAAAAACUGAACUAUUACAUUGAUUUACUCAUCCAGGUAUCAUGUGAAGUGCUUACUAAUCUUGGGAGUUUCAUAAGGUCUAAAGUAACCCUCACAUAGAAGUGCCUGUAUUCUGUUAUUGCCAUUCUUGAGCUUUUUAAUAGAGUCAUAGCCAUAUAUUUUAUAAAUAUAAACAUAUGCACCUUUAAAUCUUUACAUUCAACUUGCAGAACAAAGGUUUACAGAGCAGAAGUGUAGCAAAACCAAUGUAAUAGCUUCUAUAAUUCCCUGGUGAGGAACAGAAGUACAAAAAUGAGGAGUAAAAAGACUAUCUGUGUAAGAUGUCUUAAUUUGGCACCAUAUGCUUGUCCAAUUUAAUUCCAUCAAGCUAUGUGGUUACAGGAGUGCCAGAAACAUAUCUAUCAAGCCAUUUAAAAUAAAAAGUUUUGUGGACUUGUAUAUUCCAUUUGUUUGUAAAACAUCCUUUUGUGCACUGUAAUGAACUUGAAACUUAAGUUAUACUCUCAUAUCACUGAACAGAGUACGGUUCAGCUACCUCUACAUAAGGUUGAAGUAAUUUGUUUUUUCCAGAUUUGUUCACAUCGUCAUAUAAAAUAUAUUUUAAAAAAUCAUAGUCCAAAGAACCUGUAUGUGUUUGUAGAUGUACUUAUAACUAUGUUGUACCAACAAAGUCUGUGUGGUGAGUUGUUUGCUAAUUAAAAUUUUUGUGUUC